AUGAGGGGUUUUGUAGACGGCGCUGGGCUCUGGGGGGAGCGGCGGGGCAGGGCACACGGCAAGGACCAAAUCUGCGGCGCCGGGAAGUUGGAGAAUGAAAAUUCCUCAGCGACGUCGAACGCCGCUUCUGAAUCCGCCACAGCCGUGACGCCGAAAUCCGUGACUGUGACGGCAGCAGAGAGUAAUUAUGACGCUGUUGAUGGCAACGACGCCACGGCGGUGUUCCCAUCAUUUGGCGCCGAGAUGGACAGACAUCUGCUGGCUGUGGCUCGGGCAUCCGAGUUUUCCGCGUUGAAAGCAUUGGAGCUCUGUCAACAGGAGGUCCUGCAGCUGCAGCGAAUGUGGGAUUUGGACCGCGAAACGCAGCGCUGGACUAUCGCCUCGUUGCAGGAGGAAGUGCGUGAACUGCGACACCAGUUGGAGCGCCAGCGCCGCUAUGGGUCAGUGCAGCGUACACGCGAGAGUGCCACCGCGGCGGGCUCCCUCUCCGCGCUGUCCGUGAAUGGAGGUGAUUCAUCGUUGCGGUAUACGCUCGGCAUGGAAGUGGGUGGGGCUAACCCUUCUUCAGAGGCCCCUGUAACGAGUGGCACAGAGGAUUCGUACACCCGCACGGACACCUCGGCGGAGCAUUCCUCUAGCUUCCAGUGCCACCACCUCGGGACUGACUCAGCCCGCGUAGAAGAACUGGAGGAGAGGGUAGAGCGCUACGGGCGCCUUCUACACGAUGCCAACAAGGAUUGUGGCGAGCUCCAGGCAGAAUUAUCACGUGUAGUACGACAGUUACACGAUGCCCGUCGCUCGUUUACGCAUCGCAUCUCAUCCCUGCUACGUGAGAAGGAGGAGAUGACUCACAAGCACGCCAGGACGCUUGCGCACCUGGAUGAAACCACAGGCCUGUUAAUGGUUGCAAGAGCAGCAGAGCGGGCGGCAUUGCAGCGUCUUAGUGAAGGCGCCCAGGGUGAAUCGCACCAAAUGUGUAGGCCGCCGACGGUGGAAGGUGGGAACUUGGGAGAAGUGUAUUGUCUGCGUUGUGGCUGCUCUUCUGUCGCGUGCGGUGAAGUUUUGCGCCACUCAGUAGACGUUUCAAUGGAGCGGCAACGCUGCAACUCCCUUGCUCUGCGUCAGAGCACGCUGGAGGACGAGGUAUGCCUUCUGGAGUGUGAGGCGGAGCGCGACACCCGGCACGCGGAGGGAAUGCGCCGCGUCAUUGAGCGCCUCAUCGACGAAGUGGACGGCUACGCCCGUGUUUGCUGCGCCGCCAACCAGGAAGCCGUUGGAUGCCUGCGCGAGAUGUCGUUGCUGUGGUUUGCUGAGGAUGGGGCGGAGACGGACGAUGCUGGCGCCGCCGACGCCGGCGACGAGGAUGGACACAAGAGCUGUGAUGGCGUGUCCCUGCUGCAGCUACAGGGGGGUGAGGAGCGGGAUGGCGCCAAUCGUCUGGAGCGUGCAUCCUCGUCGGCACUGCAUUCCUCCCCACUGCUGUCGUUAGAACUGGCGGCUUUGGGCGACACUUCUGCCGCCGCCACCGCCACUGCCGCGGAGUGCGGUGCCGUCGUGGCACCCAGUGGGCGAGACGGCCCUCGGCAGGGGAGCCCACGCUGA